AAAAAAAAAUCGAUCUCUCUGGUUUUUUGUUCUCUUUGGUAAAAUAAAAUAAAAAAUCCGAAAACUGGGAACAUUGUCGGCGUCGUUCGAAAUCGAAAGCUGUGGAGGACUAACUUUCCCAAUUGAUAUAUCAAUUCACUGAUGAUUUGAUAUGCAGUAUCCGAUCCCUGGAUCGGCUGCUGUAUGGAGACUGUAUGCUGUGAAAUUCUCCGGCUUUGUUACUAAUUUUUCCGGGCUUGUGUGAUUUUGAAACCGAGCUGCUGCUUCUCGUCGUUGUGGUGGGGUUUAAGAGAUGGAUUUGGUCGCUAGUUGCAAGGAGAAACUUGCAUAUUUCCGGAUAAAGGAGCUCAAGGAUGUGCUUACUCAGUUGGGACUUUCUAAACAGGGAAAGAAGCAGGACCUUGUCGAGCGGAUCUUGGCCAUUCUUUCCAAUGAGCAAGUUGCCAGGUUGUGGUCUAAAAAGGAUGUCGUGGCAAGGGAAAAAGUUGCAAAACUAGUGAACGAUACAUAUAGGAGAAUGCAAGCAUCUGGGGCAAGUGACCUAGCAUCGAAAGGACAAGUUAGUUCAGAUAUCAGUAAUGUGAAAGUUAAGGGAGAGCUCGAAGAUUCCUUUCAACCAAAUAUUAAAGUUCGUUGUAUUUGUGGAAGCUCACUGGAGACAGAGUCAAUGAUACAGUGCGAGGAUCCGAAAUGCCAUGUCUGGGAGCAUGUUGGCUGUGUUAUUAUCCCGGAGAAGCCUAUGGGAGGAAAUCCACCGCUUCCUGAUUCCUUUUACUGUGAAAUAUGUCGACUUACCCGAGCUGACCCAUUUUGGCUCACAGUGGCACAUACAUUGUUACCGGUGAGAUUGACUGUUACGAACAUUCCAACUGAUGGUGCAAACCCAAUACAGAGUGUGGACAGAACAUUUCAAAUAACAAGGACGGACAGAGACUUAUUGGUGAAACAGGAGUACGAUGUUCAGGCUUGGUGUAUGCUCUUGAAUGACAAAGUUCUGUUCAGAAUACAGUGGCCUCAAUAUGCUGAUCUGCAGGUCAAUGGUAUACCUGUUCGUGCUAUUAACCGACCUGGGUCACAGCUUCUUGGGGCCAAUGGCCGCGAUGAUGGACCAAUUAUUACUCCUUGUAUUAGGGAUGGAAUUAACAAGAUAUCCUUGAGUGGAUGUGACUCCCGCAUUUUUUGUUUGGGUGUAAGACUUGUGAAGCGAAGGUCUCUGCAACAGGUCCUAAAUAUGAUCCCAGAGGAGGCUAAAGGCGAGCCUUUUGAAGAUGCUCUUGCACGUGUACGUCGAUGUAUUGGAGGUGCAGCUGGAAAUGAUAAUGCCGACAGUGAUAGUGACAUUGAGGUUGUCGCUGACUUCUUUGGUGUUAAUCUCCGCUGUCCUAUGAGCGGGUCUCGGAUGAAAGUUGCUGGUAGAUUUAAACCCUGUGUGCAUAUGGGAUGUUUUGACCUUGAGGUGUUUGUGGAGCUGAACCAACGUUCCAGAAAGUGGCAGUGUCCCAUUUGUCUGAAAAAUUACUCUCUUGAGCAUAUCAUCGUGGAUCCAUAUUUUAACCGAAUCACAUCAAAGAUGAGACGUUGUGAUGAAGAGUUAACUGAAAUUGAAAUGAAGCCUGAUGGUUGUUGGCGUGGGAAGUUCAAAAGUGAGAGUGAGCGCAGGGAAUUAGGGGAACUCUCACAAUGGCACAAACCUGAUGGUAGUCUUUUCCCCACCAUUGAUGAGAUCAAACCCAAGAUGGAAAUGCUGACACCAAUCAAACAAGAAGGUUGCUCAGAUGGCCCAACACCUCUGAAACUUGGAAUAAGGAAGAAUCGCAAUGGCAUUUGGGAAGUCAGCAAACCGAAUAUUAAUGGUUUAUCUUCCAGCAAUAGGCAAGAGAAGCAGAAUCUUAUACCAAUGAGCAGUAGUGCCAGUGGAAGUGGUAGAGAUGGUGAUGACCCUAGCGUUAACCAGGAUGCUGUUGGAACCUUUGAUUUUGGAAACAACGGGAUGGAACUUGACUCUCUAUCCAUGAAUGUAGAUUCAGGCUAUAACUUUCCUGAUAGGAAUCAUCAACCAGCAGCAGCUAGUAAUAACGAAGUAAUCGUUUUAAGUGAUUCUGAGGAAGAGAACGAUGUUGUUAUCACUGAGAGAUACAAUGAGAAUCAAGCUGAUGGCGUGGUAAAUUUUUCAUUGCACGCACCUGAUAUUGCUAACUCAUAUCAUGAAGAUCCUCCUCACGCAGCGGCUGCAGGCAAUUCAGGCUUGGGUCUUUUCACAAACGAUGAUGAUGAUUAUGAUAUGCGCCUUUGGCAGUUGCCUUCAGAAACCCAAGGUGGGCCAGGGUUCCAACUAUUUGCAUCUGAUGCUGAUGUAUCAGAGGGUUUAGUUGGUCCACUGAACUGUGACCCUGCAAUAAAUAGUGGUUACUCUAUGGCUCCAAAUACAUCGUCAAUGCCAUCUAUUCCUAUGGUUCCAGAGUCUGUUGGACAAUCUGAAGCAAUUGCAAACAAUGGAUUAGUCGACAAUCCUCUGGCAUUUAGUAGAGACGAUCCCUCGCUUCAGAUAUUUCUGCCAACAAGACCAGAGACCUCAGCUCAGUCCGAUUUCAAAAAUCAAGCUGAGAUGUCAAACGGAAUCCACAGUGAUGAUUGGAUCUCUCUUAGGCUCGGUGAUCAUGGUGAGACGAUAGGAGCAAAUGGACAUAACGGAACCAAUCCAGUAUCAACGAGAGAUGGUGCUUUGGAUACACUGUCAGAGACUGCGUCGUUGCUUCUGGGGAUGAACGACAAUAGACAAGAGAAGGCAAGUAGUCAAAGAUCAGAUAGUCCGUUCUCAUUUCCUCGGCAAAAGCGUUCAGUAAGACCUCGGCUGUUUCUCUCAAUUGAUUCAGACUCAGAAUGAGAUGAGUUUUGGUUUGUAUGUACGAUGUAUAGCCUCCUCGCUUGUUUGUGUUUUUUUGGCGGGAUAAUUCGGUGUUCCUUUGAUUCUUUAAGUACGCAUAUGCACCGAACAAUCAAAUGGAUCAUCAGAGCCAGAGUUUACCAAGAUUUCCUUGAUUCUCCUCUGUGCUUGGCACCUUCAGGCGCUUUAUGCAAAGGUUGUUUUUUGUAUUUGCAAAGGAGGGAAAGAUUAUAUUUAAGUAAAUGAAAGACUGGAAAAAUUAAAGGAGGCUUUUAAAUUGGUAAAUGUAUGUGGGAUAGGGGGUUUUUUUUUUUUUUGAGUCGAUAGUUACUCCAAAAAAGCUGUGUUCUAAGGUGAUAUUAGCCAAUAGGAGAAACAGCAUUUGUAAAUGUAAAUUAAAAAAAAAAAUCAGCUCUGUUUCCUCUUCACUCUUGAAAAAAGAAUCUUACAUUUACAUUUUGGGAACAGCAAGAUUUAUAUAUACGAAAUAGAUUAAGCA